AUGGUUCCUUCAAAGAAGUUUCCAUUUAUUUCAAGCUCUUCCAUGCAGAGACAGCUCCUUAAGUUACCCCCGACAUCAAGCUUCUGGAGUGAUGUUAGGUUCCCAAACGAUGCAGGGAACUUCCCAUGCAGGUAGUUUCCUUGGAGAGAUAAAAGGACAAGCAGAGGAAGUGAACCCAGUUCAGAAGGAACCUCGUGUUCAAGAUUGUUAUAGGAUAGAUCAUUGGUCAAAAGGGCAGAACAGUGAUAUGCCAAGUGGAAUCACACCUCCAAGAAUGUUUUUGCUCAGGUUCAAAAAUUGAAGCCUGAACAGCUUCCCUACCUCAAGAGGGAUACUACCAUAGAGAGAGUUGUCUGCGAGACUAAGAGAUUUGAGGAAAGAGAGAUUACCAAUACUGGGCGAGAUCACACCGGUUAGUUUCAUCCCGCUGAGGUCUAAACCAGUGACUCUCUUGUGUUUGUGACCACACACAACCCCAGUCCACUUGCAGACAGCACAGGAGUCAUUCCAUGAGGCCAGGACAACUCCGCUGUUCUCUGAUAGGUUAGCCUGAAACUCCAGCAGUGCUUGUUUGUCGAUCUUAUCAGUGAAUCUGGAUGGCUGACAACAGAAGACAAGAGCAUGUAGAGCAAGUAAAUGAAAUAGCACAAGGCUCAUUGAAGGAAGAAACAUUUCGAGAAACAAAUUUUUACUUUGUGUGCUGAAUGCACCAGUCUUAUCUUUGUUUGUAGGAAAUGAAGACAACUACUAGUGUAUUAAAAGGACAGAA